AUGGCGGGCUGGGUUUAUAAACCUCCGCCCGGCCCUCAGCACAUGAGUUCGGAGGCCACUUGGUUCUGCGGUCUGUCACGGAUGCACAUGCAGUGCGGUCCGUCAGCUUCAGCAUCCUCUCUUUUCACCCUGGAGGGCUCGGUAAAACAAAGACAGCUCUUCAUCAUGAGGUCCUUCAUCCUGCUGCUCUUCUGCACGUUGCUGGUGUCGCGUGGCUCUUCAGCCGUCAUCACAGGGGCCUGUGAGAAGGACUCUCAGUGUGGAGGAGGGAUGUGCUGUGCAGUGAGUUUGUGGAUUCGCAGCCUGCGUAUGUGCACACCCAUGGGUCAGGAGGGAGACGACUGUCACCCAAUGAGCCACAAGGUUCCUUUCUUCGGCAAAAGACUCCACCACACCUGCCCCUGUCUGCCCAACCUGUCGUGUGUCACCAUCGUGGAAGGCAAAUCUAAAUGUGUCUCACCGUACAAGUAUCCAGAUUACUACCUCUAAGGACCAACGCCUGCAGUCUUUGUUACCCGCACUGUAACUCUUCUGUCUGCCUUUAAAAGCCUGUUUUUUUUAAAUUUAUUUGGAAUAAAGAGAUAUUUAAUAUUUAUUAAUGCAUCACUAUGUUGGGUCGGGUUAAAUUAAACUAUAUAUUUAAAGGUAAAUCCA